GGAGCUGGGAGAGCGCAAGCCGUGGACCCGAUGGAGCGGUACAAAGCCCUGGAGCAGCUCCUGGCAGAGCUGGACCUCUUCCUCAAGAUUCUGGACCAGGAGAACCUGAGCAGCACYGCCGUGGUGAAGAAGAGCGGCCUGGCAGAGCUCCUCCGGCUUUACACCAAGAGCAGCAGUUCUGAUGAGGAGUACAUUUACAUGAACAAAGUGACAGUCAACAGGCAGAAUGCUGAGCCUCAGGACAAAGUGCCUGAGGAGCAGGGCCCACUGAGCAAUGGGGGACCUGGCCAGCACACCUUGGCCCCUCAGAAGAGCCUUCCAGACCUCCCGCCACCCAAGACAAUUCCAGAACGGAAACAGCCUGCUGUCCCCAAGAUCGAGUCUCCAGAGGGUUACUAUGAAGAGGCCGAGCCAUACGACACGUCUGUCAAUGAGGACGGCGAGGCCGUGAGCAGCUCCUACGAGUCCUACGAUGAAGAGGAGACCAAGGGCAAGGCCGCACUCUACCAGUGGCCCUCCCCAGAGGCCAGCAUCGAGCUGAUGCGGGACGCCCGCAUCUGCGCCUUCCUGUGGCGCAAGAAGUGGCUGGGCCAGUGGGCCAAGCAGCUCUGCGUGAUAAGGGACACCAGGCUCCUGUGCUACAAAUCCUCCAAGGACCACAGCCCUCAGCUAGACGUGAACUUGCUGGGCAGCAGCGUCAUUCACAAGGAGAAGCAAGUGCGGAAGAAGGAGCACAAGYUGAAGAUCAUGCCCAUGAACGCCGACGUGAUUGUGCUGGGCCUGCAGAGCAAGGACCAGGCCGAGCAGUGGCUCCGGGUCAUCCAGGAGGUGAGCGGCCUGCCUUCUGAAGGAGCCUCUGAGGGAAACCAGUACAUCCCAGAUGCCCAGCGCCUGUGCURUCAGCGGCCAGAUAUAGCUGAAAAGUACCUGUCUGCUCCAGAGUACGGAAGCUCCACAGACAGCCACCCUGAGGUCCCAGAGACCAAAGACGUCAAAAAGAAAUCUUCUGCUGGCCUCAAACUGAGCAACCUAAUGAACCUGGGCAGGAAGAAAUCCACCUCGCUGGAGCCCCCAGAGAGGUCCCUGGAGACAUCUAGUUACCUGAAUGUUCUGGUGAACAGCCAGUGGAAGUCAYGCUGGUGCUCCGUCAGGGACAGCCACCUGCACUUCUACCAGGACCGGAACCGCAGCAAGGUGGCCCAGCAGCCCCUCAGCCUGGUGGGCUGUGAGGUGGUCCCAGAUCCCAGCCCCGACCAUCUCUACUCCUUCCGCAUCCUCCACGGAGGGGAGGAGCUGGCCAAGCUCGAGGCCAAGUCUUCCGAGGAGAUGGGCCAUUGGCUAGGCCUCCUGCUGUCCGAGUCAGGCUCCAAGACAGACCCGGAAGACUUCACCUACGACUACGUGGACGCCGAGAGAGUCUCCUGUAUCGUGAGCGCGGCCAAAACCUCUCUCCUACUGAUGCAGAGAAAGUUCUCAGAGCCCAACACUUACAUCGACGGGCUGCCCAGCCAGGACCGCCAGGAGGAGCUGUAUGACGAUGUGGAGAUGUCAGAGCUGACGGCCGCGGUGGAACCCGCGGAGGAAGCCCCCCCUGCCGUAGAUGCCCCCUCUGAGAGAGAGCUUGACCGAGUGUACCUGGACCUCACGCCAGUCAAGUCCUUCCUGUACAGCUCCGGSGGAGCCCAGGCUCAGGCCUUCUUCCCCUCGUCUCCACCCUUUGAUGAUCCCGCCGAGGCCCUCCCUGCUGACCCAGGCCUGGCCCCAGAUGAGCCCUGCACCAAGUCUGCAGAGAACCUAGAGCAGCAGCGGCAGCUGGAGGGCCGGGAGCCCGAGGAGCCUUCCCUGAGAAUCCCCACAGUCAAAUUCCAGCCCGAGCAGCAGAGAAUCUCCUUCCCACCAAACUGCCCCGAUACUGUGGCUGUCACCCCAGCUAGCGCCAGCCCACCUGUGAAGGACAGGUUACGAGUGACCAGUGCAGAAAUCAAACUUGGCAAGAAUCGGACAGAGGCUGAGGUGAAGCGGUACACAGAGGAGAAAGACAGACUCGAGAAGCAGAAGGAAGAGAUCCGGGGGCACCUGGCUCAGCUCCGGAAAGAGAGACGGGAGCUGAAAGAGACCCUGCUAAAGUGUGCGGACAAGGGAGUCCUGGCCAGCUUGGAACAGAAGCUGAAGGAAAUUGAUGAGGAGUGUCGGAUAGAGGAGAGCAGGCGUGUGGACCUAGAGCUCAACAUCAUGGAGGUGAAGGACAACCUGAAGAAGGCUGAGGCUGGGCCCGUGACACUGGGCACCACUGUAGACACUACCCACCUGGACAACAUGAGCCCUCGUCCCAAAGCCGCCACCRCCGCCUCCACCUCUCCCCCAGACUGCACCCCAGUCAACUCUGCAACCGCCCUCAAGAACAGGCCUCUUUCUGUCAUGGUCACAGGCAAGGGCACCGUCCUCCAGAAAGCCAAGGAAUGGGAGAAGAAAGGAGCAAGUUAGGAAACGAACAUCAUCUAAAGACUUUUGUGUCAUUGGGACCUUGGUGACAAUCCUGCUUUGGUAAAGUCUUCACUGAAACAGCGACUCUGUUUAGAAGAAAAAGCCAGGACUCGGGUACUGUGAAUGGAAAGCUUGGUUAAGAGCUGGCUCUGUCCCUUUUUGAGCCCAGGGGAGCAAAUCCAAAAUAAGGCUUCUUUGGAGACUGGAGUCUAUUGGCUGUAAUCAAGACAUUGUAUUAGGGAUGUUCUGUUUCUGGUUUUUAAUCAGUGUUUUUAGUGAAAAGUUUCUGGUGAUUAAACUUUGGGGUAGAAGAAAAAUUGAGGUAUCAGGACCCUGUCCCCCUGGCUUUGGUGACUGAGAAGACCUGAACGCCCUUUCCAAUGCCAACAGAGUUGGGGGUUAAACCGCCCUUGCCUUCAAGUUUGAUCUCCAGUGUGAUUGUGGGCCCAGCUGUCUCUAGUGAUUUUAAACAGCAUCAAUACCACCUGCAGCAUGAAUUUUAAGAAACAGUAGCUGAGAGAAAUAUUUGGGAUCCAGCUGAGGCACUGAUCCCACCAAGGGUCUUCGUUCCGGUCCAAGGCAGCCCUGAAUCAACUGCCUUUAAAUAAAAUUGUGAUACUGUAUUGUAUAGAAAUGUUUAAAAUCCCAUAGUUUAGAACAGUGAAAAGUGUUUUUUGAGAUCUGACUUUUUACAUGACUAUAGAAAAAAAUUAUCCUAUGUUUACAGAUUCAGUCCUAUAGUCAGGCCAUUUUGAACAGGAGAAUUAUUUAAUAUGAUGCUCUGUUAGUUCCUGUGUUGAAGUUUCUGUUUAAAUUUCUAGUUACCUUGCAAGAAAAAAAAAGUGGUGAAUUUUGGUUAGUAUAGUGUCACUCUUCCUUGUGCUGUGAUCGCAUUGUUAACACAGGUUGAAACAUUUCAUCUAUACCCCGCCUUAGUUCUCUAACCAUGGUUCCUGAGAGCUAAAAGUCUUUUUUUAAAAAAUGUAUUGUCUUUCUAAUCCCAGGGCAUUU